AUGUGGGCAACUGGCACCACUUUAGCUCGAUUCUACGGUCUGUCAAAAAUCCAUAAAGCGAGUGUCCCACUUCGGCCAAUCGUUGCCCUAAAAGGCAGCCCCACCUACAAUUUGGCAAAGUGGAUGUACUCAAAACUGAAGUUCCUCCAAGGCAAUUCGACUAUUUCAGUUCGAUCAGCCUCUCAAUUCCUCAUAGACCUCCGAGGUCGGGGGAUUCAAUCGGACGAAAUCAUGACCUCCUUCGAUGUGAUGUCGUUAUUCACAUCCAUCCCACCAAACUUGGCCCACGAAGUCUUGCGCAAGAGACUUGAAGAGGCGUACGAUGAGACUCAGAAUGCUCUCAAAAUUGAACACCUCAUGAGGCUGUUUGAAUUCUGUCAACAAACUUUCUCCACUUUUGCGGGAGAGACCUAUGAACAAAUCAAGGGAGCCCCGAUGGGCACACCGGUCUCCGGUUUAGUGGCAGAACUGGUCCUACAGGAUUUAGAAAAGAUUGCCUUCAUCCAAAAUGAACCGGUGGUUUUGCGCCGUUACGUAGACGACACGUUCGUCAUCAUAAAGAAGGACAUGCUGUAA